AUGGCUGAGCAUUCCUCAGACAGGCUUAUAUUUAGCAAAAUGUUGGCGCGGAUUCAGCGUGUCACGUUGUGUGAUAAUGCCGUUCUCUCCAGCAUUGUCAUAUUUCUAUUCAACAUCGCCUUUCUUGUAUCAUCGGCAUCAAUUCCAGACCAGUGUAAAAUACCAGCCAAUCUGAAGGUUCAGUACCAGACAUUGUCCCGUGCAGCUAUUGGCAAUAACUUUCUUCUACCAGUUGAAAGAGCUCCGGCCGGAAGUAAGCAGAACUCCCAGACAGACGGGGAUAAAACUUGCCCAACGUCUCCUUCAUCCAGCGAUAUCAUCCGUGAACGUUCAACCUGCCCUUGGUACCUGAACAUUACCCAUGAUUCAACAGUUUUCCCUCCAUCCCGCACCGAAGCCGUGUGUCGCUGUAACGGCUGCUUCGAUUCAGACAACAACCACGAAUGUGUGAUGGUAUAUACUCCAAUGACUGUCCUUAAACGUACCGAUGAAUGUGUUGAUGGACUGUACGUGUAUAAACCAAAAGUGAUUGAAGUAGCCACAGCUUGUGCAUGUGCACGAAAAGCCGACUCACGAAAAGGUGGAAGCAACGAUGAAUACGAGUCGUAA